AUCUGGCACAGCAUCCGUUUAAGCAGAUAUAGGCGAAAGAAAGUGAUGCACAUUAAGUGCAUUAAGGACUAAGCACGUCAGCAGCAGAUCUACAAAACAAUGCUACAUAUCAGCAGGCCAGCGUGUUACGGCUCUGUCAGCGCACUACUCUGGAAGCAGCCUGUAUGGAAGUGCUAUACCUGGGGGAAAAAGUUGUUUUACGGCAACAGACUAGGCUAUAUAAUGUUAUGGUCUUUUUGAAAGGCGGAUAUUCUCCUUGAUAAAUGACGUCUAAACCCUCCUUAUUGUUUCUAAGAAGCAUACAAUGGGGUAUUCAUGGAACAUUUGGCAGCGGAAUUGAUGAGUUACCUAAGCAUUUUCCGCGCCUUAGUUUCCUUCCUGAAACUUUGCGAAAAUUUGUUGAACACCGCUAACAUGGGAGAGAAAAUAACGGGUCUUGAAGAAAGCAGAGGUGUAAUUUUGGCCUCCCCUCUUCCUGCUGCCACUGACCCUCAGGUGUCUCUGGCUCUUGUGAUGAAUGGCAGCGCUGUCCAGCAGGGGGCAGCGGUCCCUCCCGGCCGACCGCUGCAGAGCUGGGGCGAGUUCUGUGAGCUUCACGCCCUCGCCGUGGCGCGCCACCUGGCCGCCCGGUACCGCCACUUCGCCAGUGAGCAGCCGUGGCAGGACACGGUGCCCGCGGACAGCUUCUCCAGGCUCUUCAGCAGCCUGUUCCAGCAGUACUUCUGCAGCGAGGUGGCCAAGGAACACCCGCCCCUGACCCCGCCCCCAUCCCCGCCCCCACUGCUGAUCCCGGCCCCAGCACUGGACCCACUGGCUCUGCCCCCAGCUCUGGUCCCACCCCCACCGCUGACCCCGCCCCCACCUCUGGCUCCGCCCCCAGCACUGACCCCGCCCUGCACUGGACCCACUGGCCUUGCCCCCAGCACUGGUCCCACCCCCACUGCUAGCCCCACCCCCACCGCUGACCCCGCCCCCAGCACUGGCUUCACCCCCACUGCUGGCUCCACCCGCACCGCUGACCCCGCCCCCAGCACUGGACCCACUGGCUCCGCCCCCAGCACUGGCCCCGCCUCCCCCCGUGCGGGGUGGUUGGCAGAUGAUGUCUUUUCCCGGGGUGCAGGGUUGUCGGUAUUCGGAGCGGCCUGGCCCACAGGCUCUUUUGGCGCUUUUGGCUUCGAAGGUGGAGCCUUUAGUUCCCACAAUGCCGCUGGGUCGGCGCCUGCCCCUGGAACGCCCCCCCGCGACCGCGCUGGCCGCCAUGUUGGAGCGCUGCUUGGUGAGCACAGCCAGGAGGGCGCCCUGUGUGCCCGGGGAGGGGGAAUCUGGAGCCGCCCAGCCACUGAGUGCUGGUGCCCCAACCCGCUCCUCCCCGCCCCGUCUCGGGCUGGCCCGGGGUGCAUCUUGCCCUCGUCCCGCAUCCUGCCCCCGUCCCGGGGUUCCCCGGGGUGCGUAUUGCCCCUGUCCGUGGCACAGAUCCGCCGUGGCACGCGUGGGCUCCUGAAGAAGUGCUUGCGGGGGUCUGGGCGGCACGCCGGUCUCGGGGGCGACGGACUGGCCCAAACCCCCCCCCCAGCGGGCCGCUGGCUGGACCGGCUGGCCUGCAGGUUCCGUCUGCAGCGGCCCCCGAGUGGGCCGGAGGUGCCUGCCGACUGCAGGGAGGGCCUCCUCAGGUACCUGCUGGUGCGGGACGGCGUGGCGGACUCCCGUGCGGACUGGCAGCGCUGCAGACUGCUGCUGUGGAGAGACCCCCACGGCAUGCUGGGACAGCUCUACCAGUUGCAGCUGUUUGACCCGCCAAAGGGCUGCAGGCCCCAGCUGACAGUGAGGUGCUGUGACAUCACAGAGCUCCGUCGCUGCAGUCACCUGGAGAUGCCUGACAACAGGAACACGUUCGUCUUAAAGGUGAAUCAUUACGGCGGCAGUUUUAUAUUUGAGGCCGAUAACGAUCAGCAAGUCAGUUCCUGGACUGCAGCCAUCAGCAGAUACAUCAACACAGGGGCAGAUACAUCAACACAGGGUGAACAGCAGAUACAUCAACACAGGGUGAGCAGCAGAUACAUCAACACUGGGUGCGCAGAUGAUACAUCAACACAGGGUGAACAGCAGAUACAUCAACACAGGGUGAGCAGCAGAUACAUCAACACAGGGCCCGACAGGAUGGAUAUGGAGGUGACUACUUCUCUGCCAGACAGUGUGCUGCCCUACACCAGCAGGGGGCGCUCAGAGUCCAGUGCAGGGUCUUUACACUUCCCCUCAUCAGGCCCCGCCCUCCGGCCGAUGGACAACCUCCUGACCCCGUACCCAUGGUUCCACGGGGCGGUUUCGCGGCUGACGGCGGCCCAGCUGGUGCAGGCAUCGGGGCCGGAGGGGCACGGCGCUUUCCUGGUGCGGCAGAGCGAGACACGGCGAGGCGACUACGUCCUCACCUUCAACUUCCAGGGCCAGGCCAAGCACCUGCGGCUCGUCCUGACGCAGUGGGGGCAGUGUCGCGUGCAGCACCUGCACUUCUCCUCCGUGCUGGACAUGCUCAGUCACUACCGCCGCCACCCCAUCCCGCUGGAGAGUGCCUCCGCCCAAAACAUUACCCUUUCCAGCUAUGUGGCGGUUAACUCCGCCCCCUCAGGUCAGAGUUCAGACGGCCCGGUGGUCCUGGUGCCGUUCUGCCUCCACCGCUGGAGCUCUGAGCCCAGUCUGGCCCGCAGCAAUCCGCCCCCUCCUGCGGCUCCGCCCCCUGGCCCCACCCCUCCCCUGGAGCGCCCUGGCGACGCCCUACGGAGGAGCGCAUCCGUGGGCCGCCGCCCCCUGCAGCUGCACCCCAACCUCCGCUCCGCGCCCCUGGACCCCACCUACGAGCUGGAGCCCCUCGGCCAGAGCCACAGGAGGGCCGUAGACAACCAGUACGUGGCAGUCUGAGAGGGGGGCGGAGCCUGGGCAGAGUCAGGGCAGAGCCUGGCAUUCGCGCACCAAACACCCGGGACGCCCGUUCAUAUCUGCUGACCCGGCUGAACCUCGUGAUGGCCUGACAGGACCGGCCCAGGCUGCACCCUGGACCUGAGGAGGGACACGUCAGCAGGUGUUGUUAUGACAACUAAGAGCAAGCUGCCCUCCUGUACAGCCAAUGGCUUAUUUUCACUGCAGUUCCCUAUUUAGCUCACCAGAGGGCAGUGCAGCUGGCCCAGCCUGUGCUGGCAGAUUACACGCAGCCAGUUCACCAGAGGGGUCACCGUUGAGUCACGACAGGAUAUCCUGCCAAUUAUCCUGACGGGAAAAGGAAGGGAAAAGAUUACACCCACACACUCUUUCAGAACUCUCAGUGAUCUGUGUACAAAUUACCUACGUUUGGACCUGCAGGGUCAUAGUCUUCUGGGUCAAGAGAUUUCGUUUCUUUAAAAAAAAUGUAUUCUAGCAUGAUUUUUUCUUUUUUGUCCAGCUGUGGUGCUCUUUACCCUGAACCAGUAUGUUUCAGCUAUGAAAAAUGACCACUUAGCUCAUGACCAUUGCUCACAAAACAUACUCUUUCAGGAAGCCAAACUACCUCAUUUGCAUUUGAGCAAGUUGUGAACAGCGCAAAAAUUGUCAACAAAUGUUUCACAAAUGUUUGUACAGCUGCAAAAUCUCAUGGAUUUGCUGUGCCCUGUAUAUAGUUCUGAACCUUUCAUGGCAGUAGUGGUAUAUUCAGAAACUUUGUGUGCCUGUUUUUUUAUCACAGAUUUAUUCAUCUCAGAAUAACUAAUGUAAUAAUUUCCAUGUUGCAUUUGUCUAUACUGCUAAUGAGAAGAUUUAUCAAUUGCAUUUUAAUCUUUAUUAUAGUAGAAAAUCAGGAUUAAACACAAUUAUUUUUAUGGUUAAGAAAUGUACUACUACCAACUUUUUCUAACAUUAUGUACAACAUGAACAAGCAAGUCAGCGUUUCUGUAAAUCCAUGGCUUGCUCAUCUAAGGAUAGUUGGGUAUCUAACAUUUUUGCUAAUCAAGUCUCUGCAGAAAACGUGCUUAUUUGAAAAUCUUUCAUGUAAUUGUUGUUUUUACCUUUGUCAACCUUUUUAUUUUCAGUACAUUUUACCCUUAUGUACCCUGAUUUCCUUGUAUUGAAGGUUCUCUAUAAAUAAAGAUUAUUAUUAUUAUUA